CAAAAAUGAAACGUCAGAAAUAGUUUUAUUUACUUUAAUUAAAAACAGUAACGAAAUACAAAACAAAUAAAUAGAAUACUAAAAGUAAUAAAAUUAUUAUAUAUUGUCUGGAGAAAUAAUUGUUUUAUGAACUAUAAUGCAUCCUAAUUGGAAGGCUUUAGCAACUGUUCCCAUUAAUUACAUACAAUUUGUUAGUGAAAAUACUAAGGCAUCAUGUUCUGAAACUAAGUCAAAAACACCAAAACCUCUUGAAUCAUCUUCCAAAUGUGGCCAAAAUUCCGCACGAGAUAUUUAUGAAAGUAUAAUAACCGAAUCAUUUGACAAUCCAGUUAUACAGAGAAAGAAGAUAAAAUUAACUGAAAAAGCAGAAAACCAGAAGACAUCUACACCUUUUAACUUAAACAGUUUUAUGAAAUUUGCCGUGAAUAAUGAUACUAAAGCACUUGAAAGUUAUUUGAAAGAGUAUCCAGAAAAUGUUAAUGUAAUCGAUGAUUUUGGUUGGUCCGCUUUAAUGUGUGCUAUACAAGCUGGUUCUAAAGAAGUUAUUGAAUUAUUGUUAAAAUAUGGUGCUGAUAUUUCUAUCACAGAUAAAUCAGGAAAUACUGCUUUAUCAUUAGCUAUUUCACAUAAAAAUAAUUACAUUGUUAAUAUGUUAUUGGGAACAUCACCAAAAACUUAUUUGAAAAACACUAAAAACAGUGUUGAAAGUUUUUUCUGCCAAUUUUGUAAUGAAUCAUUUGAAAAUACUGCUUUAAAAUCACAUGAAACAUCAACCUUACAUUUAUUUAAUACUAAAUCCACAAUAAUUAGACCAUAUUUUGGAAUUCCUGUCAGUAAUAAAGGCUAUCAACUUUUAAUAAGAAAUGGAUGGAAUCAAAAUAGUGGUUUAGGGUCAUCUGAAGAUGGACGAAAAUAUCCUAUAAAAACAGUUAUUAGAAAACGUCGAACAGGAUUAGGAAUAGAACAAGAACCUUCCAGAGUGACUCACAAAUUUAAUAACAAUAAUACAAAUAUAGAACAUAAAAAUAAAAAUCAUGUUAGACAUUACUAUAGUGAUAGACAAAAAGAUAAAAAGUUCAGAUCUUUGUUAUCAUGA